AUGUCUGGUGACUACCCGAAGCACCCCUUCCUCCUGUCGGUCGAAGACACGGCCAAGGCCCUGGGAGUCGACAUCGACAAGGGAUUGUCAUCUCAGCAGGUCCAGGAGGCUCAACAAAAAUACCCCGAAAAUGAGUUCGAGGUCGGCGAGUCGGUGCCAUGGUACACCAUUCUCAGCAAGCAGAUCUUCAAUGCCAUGGUCCUCGUCCUCAUCUUUGCCAUGAUUCUCAGUUUCGCCAUCAACGACUACAUUGAGGGCGGUGUUCUCGCCUUCGUCAUUGUCGCCAACGUCACAAUCGGUUUCUGGCAGGAGUAUCGCGCUGAGAAGCGCAUGGAUGCGCUGCGAUCUCUGUCUGCCCCUUCGGCCAAUGUUUUGCGCGACGGCAAGACUCAGGUCAUCCCCAAUGCUCAAGUCGUUCCCGGUGACAUCAUCCUACUGAAGAUGGGCGAUACCGUGCCUGCCGAUAUGCGCAUGUUCGAGGCUAUGAACCUGUCCUGCGACGAGCAGUCCCUGACCGGUGAAGCCGCCCCCGUCGACAAGACCACCGAGGCCAACAUCGUCGUUCCCGGUACCGAGAAGCCUGCCACCGAGGAGGGCGAAGUCGGCAUUGGUGACCGGUUCAACCUUUGCUAUGCCACCACCAUCGUUCGCAAGGGUCGUGGUCGCGGUAUUGUCAUCGCUACCGGUAUGCAGACCGAAGUCGGCAAGAUUGCCGCUUCUACCCAGAAGAAGGUCCGCAAGCCUGGCCGCUCCAUGAACUACAAGAAGUACGGCAAGCGCCAGCCCGUCGUCGGUCUCACAAAGCGCGUCUACGAUGCUGUCGGCAAGUUCUUGGGUCUCACCGAGGGUACUCCUCUGCAGCGCAAGCUCGCAGCUCUGGCUUACCUGCUUUUCGGCUGUGCCAUCAUCCUGGCCAUGAUUGUCUUUGGCGCCCACAAGUUCGAUGUUACUGGCGAAGUUAUCAUCUACGCUGUCUCGCUUGGUAUCGCCAUCAUUCCCGAGUCUCUUGUUGCUGUCCUCACCAUCACCAUGGUUGUUGCCGUGACUGUCAUGAGAAAGGCCAACGUCGUCGUCCGUGAUCUUUCGGCCCUUGAGGCUCUUGGCGGAGUCACCAACAUUUGCUCUGACAAGACUGGCACCCUGACCCAGGGCGCCAUGAUCGUUCGCAAGGCCUGGCUCCCGAUGUCCCACACCUACACCGUCCGAGACUCCCAGAACCCUUCAGACCCUACCAAGGGCAAGGUUACCUACACCGAAUCCAAGGAAGAAGAGAAGGUCGAGGAAGCUCCCAAGCGCGACUACGACCAAGAGCGAUCCGCUGCCGUCCUUAAGUUCGAUGUUCCCGAGGAGAAGCUUCAGAACAAGCAACCCGCCAAGGCACCCGAGCCCGAGGUUGACGCUGAAAUGAUUCCGCCUCUCAAGGCUUUCCUUCUGUCCUCCGCUCUUUGCAACCUGGCCACCGUGCGAUAUGACGACGAAGAGGCCAAGUGGCAGACCACUGGUGAGCCUACCGAGAUUGCUCUUCAGGUCUUUUCCCACCGUUUCAAGCUUGGAAAGAAGGCUCUUGAGGGCAAGGGCUGGCACCAGCUUGCCGAGUUUCCCUUCGACAGUUCCAUCAAGCGCAUGUCCGUCAUCUACGAUGUCCCCAACGGCGAUGAAUCCGCCGACAUCUGGGGUUCCGAGAACAGCCUGGUCUUCACCAAGGGAGCCGUUGAGCGCAUCCUGGAUCUCUGCACACACAUUGGUUUUGGCGACGCUAAGCAGGAGCUUACCGAGGAGCUGAAGGGACAUGUUCUUGAGCAAAUGAACAACCUCGCCUCUCAAGGACAGCGUGUGCUCGCCAUCAGCUACCGCGAAUGGGAAGGAAAGUUCACUACCAACCAGGCCAGCAUUCCCUCCGACAAGGAAGAACAGGUCCGUGGUGAAGUCGAGCAAGGACUUACUCUUCUCGGUCUUGCCGGUAUCUAUGACCCCCCUCGCCGCGAAACCAAGGCAUCAAUCGCAGAGUGCUCUACCGCUGGAAUCAAGGUUCACAUGCUCACUGGUGAUCACCCCGAGACCGCCAAGGCCAUCGCGAAGGAAGUCGGCAUCAUCCCCAAGAACCUCGGUAUCUUGCCCGAUAGCAUCGCCAAGGCUGUUGUUCAGAAGGCCACCGACUUCGACAAGAUGACCGAUGCAGAGAUCGACGCCCUCGAGGAGCUGCCCCUUGUUAUCGCCCGUUGUGCUCCCGAGACCAAGACCCGUAUGAUCGACGCCCUCCGCCGUCGCAAUGCUUUCAUGGCCAUGACUGGUGAUGGUGUCAACGAUGCUCCUUCCCUCGCCCGUGCCGAUGUCGGUAUUGCUAUGGGUUCUGGAUCUGAUGUCGCCAAGUCUGCCUCGAAGAUUGUGCUCACGGAUGACAAGUUUAACUCCAUCGUCGCUGCUAUUCGCCAGGGUCGCCGCAUGUUUGACAACAUUCAGAAGUUCAUUCUCCACCUUCUCAGCUCCAACGUUGGUGAAGUCAUUCUCCUUGUUUGUGGUCUUGCCUUCCGCGAUAGCGACCAGCUUUCGGUCUUCCCCAUCUCACCUCUCGAGAUUCUUUGGAUCAACAUGGUUACCUCGUCUUUCCCUGCCUUCGGUCUCGGUCGCGAGGAAGCCGCCGCAGGUGUCAUGCGCAAGCCCCCUCAGAACAAGAAGCGCGGUGUCUUCACGAACCAGAUCCUCGUUGACAUGGUCGUCUACGGUAUUAUCAUGGGUGCCUUGACUAUGGUCACUUUCGUCAUCAUCGUCUGGGGUGCCAAUGGCGGCAAUCUGGGCUCUGCAUGCAACAAGGAGUUCAGCGAGCAGUGCAGACCGGUCUUCCGCGCCCGUGCCGCAGUAUUUGCCGAGCUCACCUGGAUUAUUCUCAUCUCUGCUUGGGAGUUCAAGGACCUGCGCCGCUCCAUGUUCCGCCUGAACCCCGAAGACCCGAGCAAGUUCCCCCUCUUCAAGGACCUCUACCGCAACAAGUUCCUGUUCUGGGCCGUCGUCAUCGGCGCCCUGUCCGUCUUCCCCGUCGUCUACAUCCCCGAGCUCAACACCAAGCUGUUCAAGCACGUCGGCAUCACCUGGGAGUGGGGCAUUUCCGUCGGUUUCACCCUCCUUUACGUCGUCGGCGUCGAGGCAUGGAAAUUCACCAAGCGUACCUUCCAUCUCUUGGAGGAUCAUAAGGUGGUCCGCGGCGCUUUCAGCCAGGGUGGCGAGGAGGAGGGCCGCGACUUCAAGAAGACGAUGACCAUGUCCAGCUUCAAGAGCUGGGCCUCCUUCGGUCGCAAGGACACCGGCGAGUCCACCGGCCGCCGCAGCCGCUCCCAGCACCGCACCAACACCAACCUGUCCGGCGACACCCGCACCGGCGAGGGUUCUCCCAACACCAGCGCCGAGGACAAGGUCUGA